AUGACCACCACAGCCACAUCUACAGUAUCUGGAAUAAGUGUGUCACUGAGCAAUCAGGAGCAAUGGGAGAAGUUUUAUCCGCAUACUGAAAUGGUAGUGACGAGAAAAAGCGGUCGUCUAUUGUUCCCUCAUCUGAAGUAUAUUCUCAAAGGAUUGGAUGAAGAGACAGAGUACAGUGUAUUUGUGCAUUUCGAGAGAAUCGAUGAUUGGAAAUACAAAUUCUUGUCGAGAGGAUGGGAUAAAUGGACGGAAGGAGACAAGAAGUUGCCAAUUGAUAUGAAACAACACAAGGAUGAAUGGAAAUGUGGAAGGGAUUGGAUGAAGGAUCCAGCGUCAUUCGAUUACAUCAAAAUCACGAAUAAUCCAAAUCUCGGGGACGAAAACAGUGUGUUGUUGCAGAGUAUGCAUAUAUAUCUCCCAGUUAUCAGUAUUCAGAAGAAGGGCGGUACGGAGAAAGAGGAAUUCCGAUUGGGAAUCACUGAGUUCAUGGCUGUCACUACUUAUCAGAACAAUGCCAUCGCUUCCCUGAAAGUAGAGCUCAAUCAACGUGCAUCUGGAUUCAGACAAACUGGGGGACACAACAACAAGAAACGUGGAAUCAAGCGUCCAGCAGAAGCUCCGCCCCUUUCUUCUCCACCACUUGCAGCAAGACCAGUGACACUUCUUACAGUACCUCCUACAGUACCUCGUACAGUACCUCGUACAGUCCAACUACAGUACCCCUCCGUUAGACCAGUCCCACAAUGGAUCCAACCACUGCCACCAAUCGAAUCGAUUACUUUGUCUCGUCCAGAAAAUGAAGAGAAUCAGAUGAAACAGCCAGUGUAUCCCCUAGUCCCCUCGAAUAUGGUUUCCCUGAAUUAUCCACAAUUCAUGGAUCUGAAUUCAAUCAAUAAUGUGGUGUCAUGGGAAAUGAACAAUGGAAUGGAGCAAAUGCCAGGUGAUCUGAACUCGGUGAGCACUGGAAUGAGACAAUGGAAGAAUGAAGUGGAGUAUGUGAUGAUUCCACACUAUUGGUUUAAUUAA